UUGGUCGACUGAUACGCUCGGGGUUGCAGCAUAACAUCCCUCGCCUUUUUUCAUUCAUUCUUUAUCUGAUUUUUAAAACAAGAAACAUACAACCCCAUCCAUCUUCGAGUCCCCCCCCUCUUUUUCUUCUUCUUCCCAGUUACAAUUGUUUUUUGCGGCCAGUUGCAUGCAUUGUUCGUCUCCCAAAAUGGUUUGCGAGACUAAAAUUGUUGCGGACGAACACGAUGCUAUACCUGGGACCAAAAAAGAUUCUAUGAUCGUGUCCUCCUCACAUAUGUGGGGCCCCUCCUCGGCCAGCACGGCCCUGAAUCCCGUCGAAGACCGGGACAUGAAGAAAGACGCGGUGUUCAUCCGCGAGUUUGAGCGCGGGGAUCAUGUCGAGGUGCGGCGCAUCUUUAACGAGGGUAUCACGGAAAGAAUACCCAACACAGUGUUCAGGGGGUUGAGGCAACAGCCUAAAACCCAGUUUUUAUAUGCUCUUCUGACAUUAAUGUGCUUUGUCGUGACCAAAUCCUUCGCCCUGACCUGCUGUGCACCGUUUAUUCUAAUGGGCGCGCGCUACUACUACAGCAGGAAAGUUAUCCUCGGUUACCUGGACUGUGCCCUGCACACGGACAUGGCCGACAUAGAAGCGUAUUACAUGAAACCUACAGGAUCCUGCUUCUGGGUGGCCAUGCUGGAGGGCCGCGUGGUGGGCAUCGUGGCGGCGCAGGGACGCGAGGAAGACAACACGGUUGAGCUGCGGCGCAUGUCCGUCGACGCCCGCUACCGCGGCAAGGGCAUCGCCAAGUCGCUUGGCCGGCGCGUGCUGGAGUUCGCCGUGCGCAACAACUACGCCGCCGUCGUGCUGGGCACCACCGCCGUGAAGAUGGCGGCGCACAAGCUGUACGAGUCGCUGGGCUUCCGUCGGACGGCCCGCAGCGACGACUACCGGCUGCCCGGCAUGAGCCGCACGCCACUGGAGAGGCUGUUCUUCCAGAUCCGCCACAGCCGCUACCGCCUGCAGCUCCGCGAGGAGUGA